UCCAGGGCACCGCCUACUGGAGGAGAUAAUGUACCACCUGGUAGCCAGUAAGGAAAGAUUGUAACCGACUUUCAGCUGAACCAUUUACUCAUUAACAUCAGCAUGGAGGGUGGAACAAGCCCAAACUUGUUUCCAUUUCAUGCUGCAUAGAUGGCUUGUGGUUUUAAGUGCUUAAGGAAUAUAUAUCUAAACUUUAAUUUUUGAUUUGAAAUUUCUUCUUGCUGGAUCCGUCUAGAAGGCGACCAAAAUAGUUAUCAGCAGAUUGCAAUAUUAGCUGCCACAAUGACAUCACAUUCCACUUCUGCCCAGUGUUCAACAUCUGACAGUCCUUGCAGAAUCUCUCCUGAACAAAUCAGUCAGGUACGACCAAAACCGCCACUUUUGAAGAUACUCCAAGCAGCAGGCGCACAAGGUGAAAUGUUCACUGUAAAAGAGGUAAUGCACUAUCUAGGCCAGUAUAUAAUGGUAAAGCAGCUUUAUGAUCAACAAGAGCAGCAUAUGGUAUAUUGUGGUGGAGAUCUUUUGGGAGAACUACUAGGACGUGAGAGCUUUUCUGUGAAAGAUCCAAGCCCUCUCUAUGAUAUGCUAAGAAAGAAUCUUGUCACGUUACCCACCUCUACCACAGAUGCUGCUCAGACUCUGGCUCUCGCACAGGAUCACAGUAUGGAUAUUCCAAGUCAAGACCAACUGAAGCAAAGUGCAGAGGGAAAGCCCAGUUCCAGGAAACGAACUGAAGAAGGUGAUAUUUCCACGAUACCUAUCUCACAGCAUAAAUGCAGAAAUUCUAGAGGAGAUGAAGAUUUGAUAGGAAAUUUAACUCAAGAUGAAACAUCUAGGCUGGAACUUGAUUUUGAGGAAUGGGAUGUAGCUGGCCUGCCUUGGUGGUUUUUAGGAAAUUUGAGAAACAACUGUACGCCUAGAAGUAAUGGAUCAACUGAUUUACAGACAAACCAGGAUAUAGGUACUGCCAUUGUUUCAGACACUACAGAUGAUUUGUGGUUUUUAAAUGAGUCUGUAUCAGAGCAAUUAGGUGUUGGAAUAAAAGUUGGAGCUGCUGAUUCGGAACCAGAAGUAGGGAAAGUGAAUGACAAAAAGGUGAUUGAAGUGGUAAAAAAUGAUGACUUUGAGGACUCCAAGUCCUUAAGUAGUGAUACUGAUAUAGAAGUUACCUCUGAGGAUGAGUGGCAGUGUACUGAGUGUAAGAAAUUUAACUCUCCAAGCAAGAGAUACUGUUUUCGUUGCUGGGCCUUGAGGAAGGAUUGGUAUUCAGACUGUUCUAAGUUAUUAACUCAUUCUUUCUCCACAUCUGAUAUCUCUGCCAUACCUGAAAAGAAGGAAAAUGAAGGAAUUGAUGUCCCUGAUUGUCGAAGAACCAUUUCAGCUCCAGUUGUUAGACCUAAAGAUGUCUAUGUAAAAGAAGAAAAUUCCAAACUUUUUAACCCCUGUAACUCAGUGGAAUUCUUGGAUUUGGCUCACAGUUCUGAAAGCCAAGAGACUAUUUCAAGCCUGGGAAAACUAUCAGAUAACCUUUCAGAGCACAGAACAGAUACAGAAAGCAUGGAGGAUUGCCAGAAUAUCUUGAAGCCUUGUAGCCUAUGUGAGAAAAGACCACGAGAUGGGAACAUUAUCCAUGGGAAGACAAGCCAUCUUACCACUUGUUUUCAGUGUGCCAGAAGACUAAAGAAGACUGGGGCUUUGUGCCCUACUUGCAAGAAAGAGAUACAGUUGGUUAUUAAGGUUUUUAUAGCAUAGCUGAAUCAGUUGUAGAAAAGUAGAGAGGAUUAAGUCAUUCAGCAAAACAUCAGUAUUCUUGCAAGGCAGAGGCAGGAGAAUUACAGGGUCUAGGACAGUGAGACUGUCUCCAAAGAAAAGUAAAUCAAUCAAUAUUGGGCCUCUCUACUCAGUGUGGCCCACUGUAUGUGUUCAUUUGCUCAUGUAAACAUCUCUGUUUUGGGUCAUUUUUGCUUCUAAUCUUACACAAAAUUUAAGAAUAUUUUAUAACUAGAUGGUCAAUUUGGGGACUAUAUGAACACGGUAUAAUAUGUAAGGCAUUUCAUUGUCCCUCCAGAGAUAAUGAUUUGGAAGGAAACAGAUAUCAGUAGAAACCAAAAUGCAUUCAUUUAUUCACUUACCAAGUUGUUUGAAACUAACCCUUUGUUUAGUUAAUUGUUCUCUAUCCUACUUUACAUUCUUCUGUUGUCAGGAUCCAAGACAGUUAUUUAAAAAAUGCUAGGCUAACAGAGAAAACCUCCUUACCUGAUCACUGUUGAAAUGAGACCACCUGGUUCAGAAAAACUGGAACACAGGUUUAUUUAUUUAUUUUUAUUAUUAUUAUUUCUUUGUGUGUUUUUGUUAUGCUAGAGAUCAAACCCAAGGCCUCCAACACAUGCUUUGCCAUUGUCACACCCUUUUAUUGUUACAGCCUUACUAUGUUUCUUAAAUGGGCCUCAAACUCUUGAUUUUCUUGCUUCAGCCUCCCAAGUAGCUGGGAUUACAGGUAUGGAUAACCAUCUACUAAAAACAAGUCUUGAAAUACAAGGAUUUCCUUCACAUGCCUAAGUACAAUAGUUUACAAACAUUUUUGCUAACAUACUGAUAAAAUGUUUUUGAGACAAUUGUCUGUAAUCUUUUGCACAUUUAAAAACUGUAGAUAGACUUAACAUGUGGUGGAGUGUUUCCUUUGAGGACUAAGCACUCCAAACAAGUUACAGAAUGUUUCUGUCAACCCAAAGUGUUCACUUUAUUCCUUUUAGGCCAUCCUUCAACCGUAACUUGGCUCUCACCCUGGAUUAGCUUUCCAUUUGCACAUUUUUAAUUUGACAUCUAAUUUUUUUGGGGAGGGGGAAGGAGGCUGGUCCUGGGGUUUGAACUCAUGGCUAGGGCACCAGCUCAAGUCUAGUGGUCUACCACUUGAGCCACAGCUCUACUCCUGGAC